AUGAUCGCAGUGCCAGUGCCGAGCUUGCAAGCGCCGCCCGCACUGGCGCGAGCGCGCCCGGCAUGCCAUGCGGGCCAUGUCCCUGAGGCGCCCUCAGUGCCACGCCGCCUGCUGGCCGCUGUUGUUGCCGCUGGCGGCGCCAGGGCCGGCCCUGCCCGGGCACGGCGCAAGGAGAACGGGCCCUUCACGUUUCAGGACUCUACGCCGGAUAUGCUCCUGGAGUGGCUGAACAAGAAGGUGCCCAAGCAGGAUUCCCCAGAGGCAGUGCUCAAAGCGAUAGACGACUUCGCUUGGACCGAGCAGUGGAUGAUGAAUGUGGGGGACGUAAAGGGCAAAGUCCUGGAUGUUGCGCUGCGCGAGGCUCUGCGACUGCACCCCACAGGGGUCUUUACCGCCCUAGAGCUGGGCACUUACCUGGGCUACUCCGCAGUGCGAAUCGCGCGGCUGCUGCCAUCGCGGGGGCGUUUGCUCAGCGUGGAUUCUGCGCCUCAGGAGGUGGCGGAGGAG